UCACAGCUGCUGCUUCCCACACAAAAGGCAGCAGCUUCUUUCUAGUGCAGGAAAAGCCACAAUAUGUGCGGUAUCAAAAACUGCAAAAAAUUACGUGCUGUUGUAACACUGACAUACCCCGGUGGUCGGCGAGCGGGAUCGAACCUGGGACCUUUGGAGCUUAGUGCUUGAGCUAAAAGUCAACUGGCUGUUAAGCAGACUUAUUUUAACUCUCUGUUUAAGUGGUCUCAGUGCCACUAGAUGGGACAGAAUACCACACACAGAAGGUGUGUGGGUUACACUAUUACUUAAAAUUUUCAGGGGGGUUCCUAGUCCUGCUGGCAGGCAAGGCGCUGUGUAGGGAAGCCUGCAAUAUGGGUCUCAGCAGUCAGUCUGCAAAGCGCUGACCUUGAACAAGGUAGGGUUGAGUUGUGCCUCUCUGCCUUAGGGAGCAGCCUGUUUUGUCUCUCACUGUUUUGGGGUUCUUAUGUGUCAUCAUUUUAAAUUUUAAGCAUUAAAGUCCUGCUACGUUGCAGUCUUCCAUCAAGAAUAUUUUAUGUUUUUCAUCUAAUUUGUCUCUGGAUAUGCCAUGAACAUAAUACGCUUUCACCCCAAAAGUUCUGGCUCUGCAACAUAAUCACCCUAGAGCAGAAUAUGGAGUCGGUGUCUUCAUUAGCCUUCAGUAAGGGGAAAAAAAACCCACUGAGCAGCCUCUGCCUGAUACCACUUCCUGAUGUUGGCUGAGUCACCUGCCUCAGUUCACAUAUAAAGAAGCAGCUGCCCCUUUCUCAGAUCCCCAGCCCCGGGGCGUGCAUUCGCCUCCAGUUGAACCAGCCAUGGCUGGGGAAAUAGUCUAUGCUGAUUUAAACAUCCGUGGAGAUUCGUCCCUCACCAGCCGACCCCAACCUCCUCACCACCUCAAAUGCCAUCUCUUUCCCCGUUGGCAUCAGAUGGCUCUGAGGGUCAGCUGGGCUGCAAACGUCGUCCUGCUGGGAGCUAUGAUGGCCCUGAGCAUCUGGGUUUUUCAGGGCCCCUGCAGUAAAGCAGAGACCGGCGCAUUGGCAUCGCACCUAAGACGGCGUCUGUGCGACUCCCCCCAGAACAGCUCAGCAGGGCCCCCCGGGUGCAGACUCUGUCCCCUGAACUGGCUGCUGCAUGGGGACAAGUGCUACUGGCUUUCUAAAGAGAGCAAAACCUGGAACGAGAGUCGCAAGGACUGCUCAGCGAAGAGCUCUCGAAUGCUCGUGAUCCAGGACCAGCGUGCGAUGGAAUUCAUAAAAACCAUCACAGAGGGGAAAUACCCAGUUUGGAUUGGACUGCACCUGACAACCUCCAAGGGAAACUGGACGUGGGUGGAUGGUUCCCUGUUAAAUCAAACAGGGGUCUCACUAUCGGCCCCUGACACUGGAAACAGCUGUGGGGUGUGGAAGGAGAAUCAGAUUCGUGGUGAAAUCUGCAGUGGUACCUUUAAAUGGAUUUGCCAGAGAGAAGCUGUCCUGAUAUAAAUGGCAUUAACGGAUCCCCUAUUUGAUUAAGGGACACACAGGCCUACGGUUCAGGCUUUGGGUAAAGCUCUCAAAGGUGGAGGGCCGUUGCUGGGCCUGGGAAAACGCCACCCUCCGCUCUGUCAGUGCUGGGACGCUUUAGAAAUACACAAGAGAAAGAGCGCCCCCCAGGGGCACGUUUAAGCACAGAAUGAACUUGUCUGCAUGCAAAUGCACAUAGGAAGGGAACACACACAGAGCUGCACUUCGCAGGCCACGGCUGUAAGAGGACAGAGCUUCACGAACACGGCCUCAGAGUAUUGAUUAAUAAUUUUAAUUACAAGUGCAAGUAAUCAGAGUUAGAUACAUUAAAUCUAUACAAUAAUCCCUGUAUUGAGUUUGUACCACUGAUUAGUAUAUUAGCUCCUCCCCCUUUUAAUCUUUGCAGUGGCUGUUUCCCACUGGGAUAGUGUGGAGGAGUCACCCAGCUAGUCUCAAAUACAAUUUGCUUCUGACUCACCUGUCUCCCAGCGCUGGUCUCCGCUCUAACUACACAGCAGAAGAUUAGGAUGCUCUGCAGCAAACCUAGACAUUGCAAUGUCUACUCCGGCCCAUCAGAUGGCGCUGGGCCAGGGAAAAAAAUAAAAAUAAACCAAUACAUAAAAGGAAAAUCAACAACAACACCACAGACUAGAACUAGCUGGAAAAGCAGCAUUUUGUCCUGCAAAAGUUUCCACAGGAAAAAAAAAAUCCCAAACAUUUUUAAACAUUCUAAUGAAAUAAUUUAAGGGCAAAACUUCUUUCCCCGCUCACAUGUUUUUACUUGUUCCCAAUUUUUUCCACUUUGGAGACAGUGAGUGAGAAAGGAUUUGUAGGAGGGUCGGGUUUUUUUAAAGAACACUUUCACUUUUAAAUGUUCAUUUAACACAAGGUAUUACUUUCAGAAAUGCUCUUACUGUUUUCCACCUGGCAAAAAUUGGAAGGCAGCCAGAAAGUGGAGAGAUGAAACAAAAAACCAGCACAAUUUCAAAAGAUUUACAAAAUUCUGAAAACCGCUGGGGUUUCCCUCCUGAAAUUAUAUUGGAAAAAAAAACCUUCAGAAAACUAAAAUAUGAAGUCAUUGAAAAUGAAAUUUCUGGAAAAAAAAAAAAGUUAAUGUUCAACUAAAUCCUGUUUUCUGACAAACUUUUCAUUAGAAAAUUUCCAGUUGUCUCCAAGUUAGAAUGAGGGAAGAAACUGAUAAAACAAGAGGUUCCUUCUAGCCUUAAACUCUA